GGGCCGCCCUCGGGGGCCGAGUGCGUCAACGUGGCCUUCGACAACUUGCCGAUCGAGGUCCCCUGCUCCGCUGGACCUUCGACGCCGCAGCGCUCGCCGGCGUCUCGGGGUGCGACGAUGCUGGAGGAGCGUGUCGCCAAGAAGGGGGUGCCGCUGACGAAGAGCUAUCUGGCGAUCCGGGCAUGGGGGCCGUCGACGAAGGUGAUCUUGGGUCAUUUGCCACGCCUCGUCGGGCGCAGUCGUGACCAGAUAUGCCAGAGCCUCGAGAUGUCCACGCGCAUGUCAGGACAUGUUGCUCAGCUGUGCCAUUCCCUGGGCGACCUGACUCCUAUGGCGGACGCAAGGGGCGCCGUGUCCGGUGCCGGGACGGCUCGGGAAUCUCUGGCCAAGGCGAAGUCGGGGACCGGAACGGACCAGGAGGUGCCGACGGACGACGAGGAGACGACGGCGGCCUGCGAGGCGCUGUUCAACGUAAAUAGCGAUGCCGAUUUCCGCGCUGUCGACCUUCGUGAGCAAGAGACGCGCUGCGCGGAUGUGGCCAACAUGGGCACCCCGAUGACCGAGCCCCUGGAGCGCGAGUGCUACUUCGACGAGUUCCAAGCGCGCGGCGCCGACUUGAUGGAAGGCUGCGCUCGUGCUGCCCGACCCGCAAACCAUGAUGCCCAGUUCGAGCUCCGGGCAUCGCCGGGCGCUGCCAAGGAAGGCGGCUGGGACUUUUCUAUUCCGGAGGGUUCUCGGCGUUGGAAGGCGCAAGCUAUCGUGGACAAGCCGUUGGUGGUGGUGAUUGGAUUUCCCUGCGUUGCGUGGCGUUCGUACAGCGUGAACGUCAAGUACUUAGACUGCCCAGAGUUGCUGGAGAAGCCUCGAGCCCGUGACCGUAAACUGAUCUGCAUCAUGAAGUGGACCAUCGACGGCCAGUUCAAGCGCGGCAGGUUCUUCUCGUCCGAGAAGCCGCCGACCUCGUCAAUUUGGAGCGAUGCCCAGUUCUGCCCGCCCCUUAAGUGGGGCCAGACAACAAUCGGACGCGGAUGCCAGCAUGGUAAGACUGGCAAGACAGGGCUACCGAUUCUGAAAGCCUUCCGCCGGUACUCCAACGCGCCGCAGCUGCUCGCCGCUUUGAGUCGCCGAUGCCCAGGACUUCGGCCAGAGUCCGGAGGCCGCGUCCACGACUCGAUCGAGAACGCCAAGAGGACGAAGGCCAGCGGUGAGUACACAGACGAGAUGGCCUGCGCAAUACUGCGCGCGAUCCAGCAUAGGGCGGCCCAGAUGCAGCCGAGUCGCUUUGCAGACCUUCCAGUCGCAGCUACCGAGUGGGAAGUAUUAUUCUCCUACAUCGGGCUUAUCGACGUGCCAUGCGCGGCCCCGCCCAAGGACCAGUCGAAGCAGGGCGAGGUCUUCCAGGGCGCGCGGCAG